AUGACGCUGCAGCUGUCAUCUACGCGGUAUGAAUUCCGUAACAAGAAACUCACGCAUACGCUAGUUUUAUCGCAGCGCGAAGAGGCGCCCCACAGCGACGCCUUAGCGAUAUACGGCAUUCAGGAGCCCCAAAAUCCACUGGCUCACGGAAUCGCCGCUUUUUGUCUGGCGCUCCGCACGGACACAUCAAGCAGGCGCCAUGAGUUUGCUAAGGGCGACGACGAUCGUCAAUUGGACGAUUGA